GAGUGAAAUUGGGUUAAAAAAAACCCCAUGUUAUUGGAAUAAUACUAAUAACCAAAGGGGUUGAUUCCCCCUCCCUCUCCUCCUUUGAAAAUUUUCCAAUUUCCCAUUCCCCAAACAGACAGCUCUGUCUUCCUUCUUGUCUGGUUGGUCUUUAUAGAUACUGUGUCAGAGAAAAGUUUGAGAUUUUAUCAUUUGGGAGAUCAUUUCUGAGCACUGGCCCCCUUGUGUCAGAAUAUCAAAAUCUCUCCUCAAUUCUUUCCCCAUCCCUUCCGAAAAGGGGAAAGCCCCCCGUACGUUUGUUAGUUAAUAUCCAUCUACUCAUAUCAAAGGAAACCCUAGUUAUUUUUAUAGUAGUAACAUGGAUUUGCACAACUUGAACCCUAGCUCUCUUAAAUCCAGGUUCACCACAAGGUUCCUUCGUGCUCUUACUGAAAUCAAUGCCCGAAAACCCAUCGCAUCGUCUUCUUCUCCCAGGGAGAUCUUCCAACGUUACCGAAGAAUCAAGGAUGCAGCCGACACGUCCAUGGCUUACUCUGUUAGGUCCAGGAGAACUUGGAGUAAGGCAACCCUUUGGAGGCUCCGAACCCCCUCACACCGUCGACGAUUAGCCUCUUUCGGCCGAAGAUCGUCGCUCAAUAAGACCCGUACCACUACCACGGCAUCUCAUCGGGGGGCCGUCGUCGUCCAAAUAACGAGCCGUGGUGGUGGGCUGGGUGUUCAAUUGGAAGAGCUAAGAGAGCUUGUUCCAGGUGGUGAAGCCAUGGAUUUAUGCAACUUGUUGGAUGAAACUGCGCAUUACAUAAAGUGUCUUACCACCCAGGUACAGGUGAUGAGAACAAUCGCCAAUCUCUACUCUCUUGAGUAAUAUAUAUAAAUAUACAUAAAUCAAGAGGAACAGAUCGUUGAAAUGGGAAACUAUUCAUAUGCAGAGAUGAAUUGUCUAAGAUGGUAAGUAUUUGUAUUUUCUGUAGAGAUGAAUCAGAGAGGAACUUGCAUAAUCUGUGUGGGAUACUACGAUUUUCUUUUACAAUAUAGAGGUUUAAUCCCACUAUUUGAUUUCCUUCUGUA